AUGAUGGCCGACAAAGCAGUAUCUACUGAAGACCUUUGCGGCGACCAGCAAAAGGUCAGUGUCGCCGUUAGUCUCGUUCGCUUGGAGGCUAUACUUCAAACUUUAAUAGAAAAUAAGGUAGAAGCGCUAAGAAACGAGAGCCGCAAGACUUCUAGUAUUCAUUCCAGUCAAAAGUCCAUUUUGAAGCGUUUAAGACUCACAUCGACUUCAAGCCAAAGCACUACCAAAGAAGAGAAUGAGAAGGAAAGGGGGAAGAAAACAGCACUAGUAAAUACAGAUUUGCCUGUAAAGCAUGAUCAUGUAGUGGAAGUGGAGAAAGUAGUCAGAAAGUCAGCUUUAAAGAAGGAGUCUUCCAUUUCUUCGGCUAGCACAAUUCAGCAGUGCGCAUGCAGAAUGCCCAGUUUCGAAGUAUCUUCAUUAAUUAGCGACGAUGAUAGAAACAGAGCAAUGCAGUACGACAAUAUUUAUAUGGAUGGCUGUUCAUCUCUUAAUGAGAGACCACCAAGUUGUUAUUGUAAUCCUAAGUUGGAAGGGCAAACGAUCCACUACGACGACGACUACAUUUCUCUGAAAAUCGACCCGGAUAAACCGAGUCCUAUCGAUGAUCUUUUGGCCGAAGAAGCCUUGUACAGAGCCAGAAGAAAACGCCGAAAACGAAGAAAAAAAGAAUUAAAAAAGAGAAUGGCUAUGGCACAAAACACGUGUUUUGUCGAAGGAGGAGAGUUAAAUGAAACAUUUAAACAUCUCACAGUAGAGGACUCGUCGAAGAGAGCUAAAUGGACAAUCGUAGCUACGGCCUUUUUGUUGCUAUUUAUGUGUCUGCUUUUGGUUGGUAUCACGUUGAGGAUGGCUCCUAUCAUUGACGAAAUGGUACAAUAA